AUGAAAGGUGUCGUCGACCUGAGGGUGUUGGAUCAGACCCUACAUUAUUGUCACAGCUCCAGUGCAAAAACUAAUGAAGCAAACCGCAGACAUGAAACUUAUCUUGGCUACGUUUGGUGUGAGGAGCAAAAUCAUGCCAAAUUAGAAAUUCAUUCCUAUAAAAAAGAGGCGUCUUACGCUCAUGCCUGUUAUUCUCAGGAGGAGGACGCUCGCGGUCACGUUGCCGGCUUCACCGUAGCCAGUGAGAUCAGCGCUCGUGUUUGGCAGAUGAAGAACGGCAAGCAGUGGCUUCUGGGAAAAACAUUCGACACAUUCUGUCCACUAGAGCCUGCUCUUGUUACCACAGAAGCACUGAAGGACGUCCACAAUCUGGGGAUCCGGUGCCUGGUAAACGGUGAUGUAGUUCAGGACAGCAACACCAGUCAGCUGAUCUUUAAGACGGAGAAGCUGGUGGUGUGGGUCUCGCAGUUUGUGACUCUGUACCCAGGCAAAGUGUUUCUAACAGGCACGCCUCCAGGAGUGGGCGUGUUCAGAAAGCCACCCAUCUUUCUAAAGAAAGGACACAUCGUGGAGUGUCAGAUCGAGGAGAUCGGGUUCAUCCGAAACACAGUGGUGUGACUCCUGCACGGUUGGCUGACUUUUAUCUGAGCUACGGAGAUGGAAAAAAUUAAAAUAAAUCCCUUUCACCGUUGAAAUGCUUUAAUGUCUAGACGUUUCUGAAAUCCCAAUCAGAUUUGUGUGCACUAGAAAUGAUUGGUCCAGAGUGCAGGUGCUGUGAUCUUCCAGGAGAUAGAGCUCUGUUGAUUAUUAUUACUGUAUUAGUGGGUUGUCCAACCUGCGAAUCUCUCUCGACAUUAUCGAUCGCCUUCUCCGUGAGUGUGCA